AUGGGUGCUGAGAAAGAAGGUGCUGUUACCCAAGGUCCGGUCGCUUCGGAUUCGGAGUCUAGCGAGCAAUAUGCAGGCACCCUUCGAGAGCUUGGGUAUGUGCCCGAGGACAACCGCGAGAGCGAUUUCUACACUCGCAACGGCCUUAACUUACGCAGUUUUGGGAAACGUGACUGGGGAACUGGCCUCGAGCAACUCGAUCGCAGUAUGAAGUCGCGUCAUCUGAAUAUGAUCGCGAUGGGCGGCUCAAUCGGAACAGGCUUUUUUGUGGGCUCCGGCAAUGCUCUUACUGCGGGUGGGCCAGGGGCAGUAUUCAUAUGCUUCUGUAUAGCCGGCAUGCUUGUAUUCAAUGUUGUCCAUGCUUUGGGAGAACUCGCCGUUAUGUAUCCUGUUUCGGGCGGUGUGUACACCUAUUCUGUUCGCUUCAUCAGCCCGGCAUGGGGUACAGCAAUGGGCUGGAACUAUGUUUUCGGCUGGCUGGUCGUUAUGCCUCUCGAACUGGUCGUCUGUUCAUUCACGGUGCAAUACUGGAACAAAGACAUCAGUCCCGCGGUCUGGAUUACGAUUUUUUACGUCUUCAUUAUCGUUAUCAACAUUUUUGGAACACUCGGAUAUGCGGAGGAAGAAUUCGUAUCAUCUCUAUUCAAACUGAUCUCCAUCAUCAUUUUUAUGAUUGUUGCAGUAGUUCUGAUCUGCGGCGGCGGUCCCUCGAAUGGUUUGUACCAUGAGUAUUGGGGUGCUAGACUUUGGUACGAUCCAGGGGCCUUCCAAAAUGGGUUCAAAGGAUUUUGUGCAGUAUUUGCUACUGCAGCAUUCUCGUUUGGUGGUACAGAGCUUGUUGGACUUGCUGCUGCUGAAGCCAAGAAUCCCGGCGAAUCGAUGCCCAAGGCUGUCAAGCAGAUCUUCUGGCGCGUCACUAUCUUUUAUAUCCUCGGCUUGAGUUUGGUCGGCUUGUUGGUUAGCUCGACCGAUACUAGACUUCUCAAUGCGCAGAAUCCCUAUGCCGAAGGAACUUCACCUUUCGUUAUUGCGGCUCGAGACGCUGGGCUGCGUGGAUUCGACAGCUUCAUGAACCUCCUCAUUUUGGUUUCGGUUAUUUCGAUCAGCGUUUCGUGCGUCUUCGCCGCCUCUCGCACGACAACCAGUCUGGCUCAGCAAGGCUAUGCGCCCCGAAUCUUCACCUAUAUCGACCGCGCUGGACGACCAUUAUUCUCGGUCAUCCUUUCUCUUGCCAUGGGAGCAUUGGCUUACAUCGUCUUGGCUUCCUCAGGCAUGGAAGUCUUCAAUUGGUUGAUGGCGCUUUGCAGUCUCUGUCUACUCUUCACUUGGGGCUCCAUUUGCGGUGCCCAUAUCCGCUUUCGCGCCGCAUGGGCAAAACAAGGUCGCUCUUUGGAUGAUAUUCCGUACCAAGCACCAUUUGGUGUCUGGGGAUCAUGGGCUUCAUUGAUUCUUGUCAUCAUUUUCUUGGCCGCACAGGUAUUUGUCGCCAUAGCCCCACCAGGUAAAACGGAAUUGAACGAUGCGGAGGGGUUCUUCCGCAAUGCUGCCACGCUACCAGUGGUAUUACUUUUCUGGGCUGUGGCUUAUUGUAUGAAGCGGCAGGGAAUGGCCAAAUUGGAGGAGAUUGAUCUGGACCUCGGCGCCCACGUGCAUGACUGGGAUAUUAUCAAAUCACAGAGAGCCAAAGUAGCCACCUGGCCCUGGUGGAGAAGGAUCUUAAAUGUCAUGUUGUAG